GGAUCCACAGCAACCAAAAACAAGGAAAUAGUUCCGUCAUAAUCGUCGGUGUGGAAUAGUUGGAAAACCUUUCGUUCUGUUAUGGUGGCCAAAGCGAGCUUUGGCAGAAUUUCAAGUCUGAUCAAGUGUUUCAUACAAAAUGAAUUCUAAACGGAUGCUUUUAAGGUUGUUGCGGCUGGGCUUGUUAAGCUUAUUUUUCGUUCAUCAAACAACACCAGCGUUGUCUAUCAUUGAGGAAUCGGUGAAGGAGUUAAUUGUGGAAAGGAGAGUAGGUUUUUUCGAUUCAUUUACGGUUAAGAUGAAAACAGACCGUACCUGUGACUCAGCUACUUGCACUUCACUGGGGGCAUUGUUUGUUUUCUUAAGUAGCAGCUCUUGCUCAUGCCAAUGCGGGAAUUACCAGCCUUUUACCUUUCUAUCUUCAAUACAGAGGUGCGCUAAUACAACCCAAGUACACGACUUUGGAGGUGAGCUUAUAGCAUACAUCAUAUUAGCAUAAAUCAGAUUGCAUGAUUAUCUUUGUACUGUAGUCACUGUAUGGCAAAUAAAACACGGCCGGGGUAUUUUGAAGAACGCCGAAUGCAAAACGAGGCAGUAUAAAACAUGGACUGCGGACUGGGUAUAAAACAUGGACUAGGUAUAAAAUGCGGCCUCCGGAUUUUGAGAAAACCGGCCACCAAUUGGUCAAUAAUUUACAAAUUUUUGCAAAAUGGUCACGUGACAAAUCACUUGAGUUAUUGACACAACAUUUAUACUUUAAAAUGUUGAGUACGAUGAGUUCUUCAUGUGUGCCAAAUUUUGAUUCAGUGCGAUCAUCUAUGCCAAAGUUAUAGCCAAUAAAUCAUUUUCAACAGGUAAAUACCUUAGUCACAGGCCUUAAACUGCUUGAGUGGCUCUGUAGUUUGGUGAUUGGGGUUAGGAAAUUGUGGGAUCAUUUUGGGGGCUGUACAGAUCCCAUUGACACUUUGGACACCUCAUGAAAUUUACACAACGUAGUUUUCCCCUUUAGUAAUUAGGGUUAAGCACUGCCUUUACAGAUCCUUUACGGAUUAGGGCUAAGCGCUGUUUCGAAACUGGUUAGGUUCUUUUUUUGGGUUGGGGUUGAUGCUAAAUGUACUUAAAUUAUUUCACUUCCUUCCAGCAAAUCCUCAGUGGUCUAGUGUUUAGCGUAGUAUACUGGACCAUCUGGGUAGUGGGUUCGAAUCCUACUGUCUUUCAUAUUAAUUUUUUUUUCUUUCAAAUUGAAGAGACUUGCACUUUCAUGAACAUUUCCAGCACGAAAUAUCAUCUAAGUGUGAUAUAAAAGUAGAAAACAGUUCUACCUUAUGUAAAUUUCAUGAAGGGAGAGAGGGGCUACGGCCAAUGGGAUCUAAUGCUGGCCUGCUUGUUUAUGUUCAUAUUACUAUAACCGCCAUCUUUGAUAUAAUGACGAAGGAAGAUUAGGGAGAGUAAAAAUAGUAACCCUUAGGUUAAUGUUACUGCAAAUUCUGAUAUUUAAAACAACAACAACAACAACAAUAAUGAUAAUAAUAGUAAAAUUAAGUCCCUACAGAAGAAGGUUUGAUUUCGGUAUUGCGUCUUUUGACUAGCCUGAUUUUCUCCUCUCUUUUGGAGUUUUUUACAUGGCACUUUCGCUAGCAAAACAUUCAUUCGCCCAAAGAAAACGCCUGCACAGCUGCAGGCUAGUGUAAAGCGUUCUGCAAAAUACCCCUGCCAAAUAAAACAGUUCCCCUGGGGGGCACUCCCUUAUUUGGCCUAUAUGGUGCCGCUGAACAGGGUAUGGUUUUCAGGGUUUUGUCGUAAACUGGGUAUAUAAUUUCACUUUUGAGCCUCUUGAACAGGGUGUCUUUUUAGACCUGAAGCCUUAAACAGGGUCACUGAGAAUUUUGGUGGUGUGCGGUCUACAUGUGUAACAAAGUUUUUUAGAUAAUCUAAUUUUGUUCUAAUUUUGUUCUGUCAGUAAUCUCAAGAAAAUCAUUUUGUAUGUGACUCCAAAACAAAUUAAAUAAAUAUGUUUUUUCCCCAUUUUAUAUUGUAUUUUAUACUAUCUAAGAAAAAAAUACAGUAUCUCCUUAAACAGGGCAUUUGGGCUACAGACUUGAACAGGGUAGCAAAAUGAAUGGAUGUUGUCAUAAACAUAGGGUCACGGUUUGAAGGCCUUUGGCGGCUCACCUACACCCAAGCUGCCCUCAAGUGAAACCAGCAUCCCACCCCCACCCCCCCCCCCACCCCAGACAGUUCAAUGAGUUUGAUUUCUAUAAGACAACUGCAUGUCCUUGUUUAUUAAAUGGACGGUUUUAAUUCAAUAAGCUUAAUAAGCUGUGGUAGAUUCUCUUUUGAUGUGAAAUUGAUUUGGCUGAUUUUAUUUUAUGUGAAAUUUACAAAAUGUACAAAGCAGUACAAAAGACUGCAAAUGGACAUACGCUUUCAGAUUUAAAGUGCAGUCAUGCAGAUGUAUUUAACAAAAAGAUUCCAUAAUUAAUGUUGCUGUACAUCUGUUCAGUAUAAUUACGUUUUAGAAUAGAUCGCAGGUGACGUUAAAAUGUGGUAAAAACAAAGAAGUUGCGCACGAGUCAUAUCUGAGUGUGUACAUUUACCACAUUUUGACGUCCAGCUGUGUGAUCUGUUAAUACUGAACAGACCCAUGGCAACAAAGAAAUCUAUUUGUUUUAUACAAUGACCUGCCUUGUACCACUUGACUGUUCUACAAUUUGUGCUAGUCUUAUAUUUUUAAGUCCCGAAUGCUACUUUUCAUCUCUGUUUUUUUUUUCUUUAUCUUACUUUUAUACAGUUUUUUCAAAACGUUUUUCAACCUCUUUUGCUGCUAAAAGCAGAAUAAUGGCUAACCAUUUCGCAAAACAGCGAGUCUCUGAUCUCGUAGUGAUUACACACGAUGACAACUGUGUGAAGAUUGCUUGUAGCAAUUAGGCCUUCUCAAGUAGUGACAUCUUAGAUGUAUCUGUACUCUAAUCAUCGGCAAUGACCAAUCACAGAAUGCGUAGCAUUCAAAUCAUUGUAUAAACGAGUAUAGAGGACCAACUACCUUACUGUUGGUUGGGGCUUAUUUGGCAAACUUUAUUACAGUUUUUUAGCUUAUUUGAUGCAUUUUUAAUGACUUGUAUCUAGCUACACUUUCCAAACUAUGACGUCUUGCAUUUAUUUAGAACGUGUUUGUCCUUGGCUUUCUAAGCACUUAUAUAGCUAGAUUAAUUUGUUGUUCUCAUGAUCACUAACUACAAGAAAAAGGUUCCUUAAGUGCCUGGGAUUACUGUUUUGACAUGAGAUGGAAAGUUGCCCACAAUUUAGCUGCUGGCCAACCCAGUCUCAGGGUGCAAAGAAUAUCAGACAGUUUUAAAGCCUUGGGCACUGCAUCUAGCACGUACUAGCCCAAAAUUUACUUCAACUAGACUGAAAAAAAUUUUAUCAAGCAUUGAUUGCUACAGUACGUGAAUUAACAUCUGUAAUUUGAACUGGCUCCCUCUAAGACAAUAUCACUUUUUAAUACCUGUCGGGCAAGUUAAGAACAGUCAAAUUCUGCACUAGCUAUAUAGCUAGCUGACAGCAAAAUCUCCUACAUUGGAACCUUGAUAUAACAAACCUCUUAAUUCAGUGUUUCAGUUAAUUCUUUCAAGAGUGGGUCAUGUAGACCAUCUGAGCUGGGGUAUAACCCAGACCAGGUUUUUUUUUUGUUAUAUUUAAUGUAAUUGCAUUUAUAUUUUAUCUGUCUGUUCAGGAAGCCUUCUUUGUUGGGUCAUUGAUGAAAACUUUACCAUUUUUGACAUGAUGCCCCCAGGAGCAAAACAUAAAAUUGAACAAAUUUAUCUUUGGAACAACAUGACAACUGGAUUAAUUAUGUAAUGAUCUGGACCAUUUUUGAAUGUUUGAUUGUAGUUCUUGAUUGUAGUUGUAGUUCUUUCUUAGCUAGGUAUUAAUGAAGUACUCAAUGAGACUUGCAUGUUUUAUUUUUCUACUUACAGGUUGUGAUGAGUAUCUAAAUCUCCGCCCCAUUUUGUCUUAUGACACUAACCCACGCCAGCAGCCAGUGGAUCUGAUAACAGCAAGUUCAUUGUCACUUUCAGCUACACAAGCAACAAGCUGCACUUUUAAUCAAAAAUACUCUGUUCAUGAUUACAGUGGCUUUCAGAGUAGGUGGAGAACCAUCAGCAACAUGUUUUUCAAUCUGCGUAUGACAAGUGGGAAUGGCAAAUUUAAUCUUAAUGUAAGAGCUGCUGAUUGUCUUAGUCAAUGAUUUACUGUAAUACCAAAUGCAGUUUAUAGCUUUAAUUUUAUUUCACUCAAUUUUCAGUAAUGUAAGUUAAGGAUGUGUUACCUGUUUUGUAUGGUUAUGCAAGCAGUCAGUUUUUAGGGUUACCCAUGUUUUCAAGGGAUUUUGGCCGAUAUACAGUGACACUCUUAAGAAGUACCUAUCGCACCCUGUUCUAGGAGGCAAUUACAAACUAUGGUUGACAUCACUUUGUUUGACAAAAAGUUAAAUCAUGUAUCUAAUGUUGAGAUGCACAGUCAUUAACCCCCCACCCCGGCCAUACCCCCAACCAGUCAGUUCAACAUACAGUUAAAUCUGAGAAACCACCCACCUAGUUUCCCCUUGAUCACCUAUAGAUCUUAGCAUCUUGCCCUAAGUAAGAAGUGGGUGUUGGCUUUUAAUAGGGGAGGGGUGGGUGGGUGCUUUCUCUGCAAUCUAUUACUGACCUUCGGCAGUUCAAUCCCUCACCAGACCACCAACCAGGCUUUUAUGGUGGCUGUGAUUACCACACCUUCUUGAUCUAGUUCAGAGGAUCAGGUGAUCAUGCAAUAGCUGUUUAAGACUUGUCUCAUAAAGCAGGCAUUGACAUGUUUUUAUCAAUAUUAUUAAUGGUCGCAGUAACUAUAACAAAACAAAUUAAUGUAUAUGUUGUAGUUAAUUUUUUGUCUCAGGUAAUUUUUAUUUUUCUUUUGUUUCAACUUCAUUAGCAGACAUUAGCAUACCCAAAAACAAAAGAGAAACAAAAAUUACCUGGGAUAAAAAAUUAACUACAACAUAUACCUAACUUGAUUGACACUUUCAUAAACCCUGCGUACAAUAUCAGGUCUCAGCUGUCUUUUAUCUUCUAGUGGAAAGCAGACAGCAAUGGAACACUGUCUGGCAAGAUCAUCCGUAUUCCUAUCACUUGUAGCAAUGCACAAGGUUCAAGCUCAACACCAUGUUUCCUUUUAAAAGCAAAAGGGACUGUUACUUGUAAGUACAUUUUCUUUUUAAUUUGUUGGUGACAUCCUAAACAGUUUUUUUUAACUACAGACAGGUUUUCUCCAACUUGGAGUUAUCUUUUUUUUUCCAAUGAACACGUUACUUUAAACAAAAUCAUUUUUCACCAUUAUUUUUCCCUGAUAUGUAUGCUGGCAAGUUCAAUAAUGUAAAAUGUACUUGAAUCACUCUUGACAUCAGCAGACUAAUUGAAUUAAUGAUAAUUGUUUACAGAAAACCAGCACAUACUGAAGCCAUUUGUCCUACAACUGACUCUCUUACAAGGCCACAACUAUAUGGACUUUUUGUAAUUAAUAAUUCCAAGUAAUAAUAUUUUUCUGUUUUUCUGUCUGUCUGAGUUAUUAUUAAUCUGAAAUGACCUACCCCUUAGAUCCCUCAAAGCCAAAUGAUUGCAUGGACCCAUAGUUGAGAAGGGACUGUACACACAUUACCUUCUGGGUGAUCCAUUCAGCAUUUCGUCUUUUUGCAUCAGAGACUACUCAGUUCAAAACACAAAAUUGGAUUUGGAUUUUACCACAGGCAGCCCAAUAAUAUUAGCAUAAAAGUAUCUUGUCUGAAAACUCAUGACAAUAAAUUUUUCAAUUCUUUCUUGUUGCUUUGUCUUUCAUUACAGAUUAUGCUCCGCCUACUCCUACGGUUUUAUCAUCAUCCUCAUCAGUGAUAUCACCUCCCCCACCACCUAUUCAAACAUCAUACUUAGCAUCAUCAUUGUUGUCAUCAUCAUCUGGUCAGUCAUCACUGCCAUCACAUCUGCCACAGCUAUCAUCACCAAUAUUGUUCACGUCAUCUGCAUUGUCACCAUCACCAUCUUUAAUUGUGAUUCUAAGUACAAUAACAUCGGGAGUUUCACAUUCAGUUUCUUCAUAUCUCCCAUCUGCGCAAAUUCCAACUGCAAAAUUAUCUACCCCAAGAACAUUACCCACAGAAAUCCCAUUCCAAUCCACCACUGUAGAAGCCAAACCAUCAAAGGUAGGUCUGUGUUAAUUCUCUCCCUAUCAAGGAAACAUAACAUUUAUAUCGAUCAAUACAAUUCUGUUUGUCAUUAUACAAGUGACUUGGUAGGAGAGGAUCGGUGACCUCUUGAUCUGUAAGCUGACCUUGCCAGUGAUUAGUAUUAUUAAUUUAUUUUAUUACCAUCAGUGUUGAACCAAAAAUUAAAAGUAUUAAAAAUUUCAUUCUCCAUUGGGCAGUCGGAAAAUAAUCGCCUAAUGUAAGUACAUUACUAGAUAUAUUUUGUUUUUUGUCCUCUUUAGGCCAUUAUAACUUCAGUGUCUUCUAGUUCUGCCAUCAGUAAUGGCCCAGCUGGUGACAAGGGAACAAAAACGAGUGGAAAUGAUAAUGGAAUUGUUAUUGGUUCUGCUGUGGGUGGUGGUGUAGUUCUUGGAAUUUUGGUCGUCCUGAGCGUUGUGAUUUGUUGGAAACGGAGGAAGCCAGGGUAAUUAGAUGAAUCAUUUGAAUGACAGUGAUAAAAAAUUAAUUGUCUUGUUGACGUACAUGCACUGCCAAGAUUUCAUCUUACUUCCUUUUGCCAUGAUUUGGAUUCUCAUUAGCUGUCACUUCUUUCUUGGGCGGAGCGCCAAGUAAAGGAUUCGCGACGCUCAGGAUUGUCCUGCUAUUUUCGUCCUAAAUUAAGUCUAUUUAUUGGUGCGAAAUUGGUGAUCGCUGUACAUGAAUGAAAAGGCGAAACGCUGCAUGCAGGACGUGAAUCUUACUUAGUAGUAUAGACUCACCCUUCUCUGUCUUUCCUUCGUACAUCUGCUAGAAAAUAAAUUGAUUUUUAUAGUACAAUGGAUAUCAGCUCACCAAACGCUGCUUAGAGGGGAGGUCUCGAAGGUUUAUUUAAGGUUUCUAAUAAAGAUAAUAAUUAUGGCUCGUCGAAUAUUGAAGCGCUACAAGAAAUAUCACAAUUUUCUUCGUUAUUGUAGAUGGUUGUAUCAUCAAUAUUCACGAAAUUUUUACGUGCGAUUCUACUUUUAUGAAACAGUCUUUAAUUCUGAUGACUUGAUUGACUUGUGUUAAAAGGGCCUUUUCCUAAAUCACUGCAUGGUUUAACUAAACUUGAUUAUUACUUUUAAUAAACUGCGAGUCCAUGACUUCUUUUCAUUUUUUUGUAAUUCUGAACCUCGACAGGUUAAAAGUUAUUCAUUUAUUCUUUAAAAAAAUUAAUAAACUGAUACACUUAUUGAUAUAAUUUAAUACCCUUAAUUUGUUGUAUAUGUUCUUAAAAUGUUACAGAG